AUGAGCUCCUUUUUGAUGAAUCCAUCCGCCGGCGGUGGCUAUCAUCACCAUCAUCAGCAUCAACAGCCGGCGGGUAGUCAUCAUCUAGCUGCUAGUUCGGUUAUGGUCGAUCCAAAGUUUCCACCGAGUGAAGAAUACAGUCAGAGUAACUACAUACCUUCUACUGGUGCUGACUUCUUCUCUGGCAGUACCGCCAGCCAUCAUCUCAAUCAUCCCCAGUCCCAUCAACUUCAAUAUGGCUAUCACCAGCACCAUCAUCAGGCUGCAACAACUCCGUACGGAGCAUCAUCGGCUGUUCAACUGAACGGUGGUUAUGCCGGAUACGGAGGAUAUUAUGGGCCACAUCAUCCUCAUCACCAGGUUCACGCUGUCCAUCAUGCAAGUUUGCAUCCUCAUCAUCACGCUGUUGGUGCCCUAGCAAUGCCACCAGAAGCACAGCAACCACCUCACACGUGUCCAUCUUCGAUGCAAGCACCGCAACAGCAACAACAACAGCCACCAGUCACAGCGUCUACAGUUCUCGGAUCGACUCCCUUAUCGCCGUCCAUUAUGCAAAAUCACGUGCAACAGCAAGAAGCUAUUCAGCAACAUCAACAUCAACAACAAAAUCAGCAACAACCACACGACGGCAACGUUUGCAGUCCAGCAGGUUCUGGUUCGUUGCAUCGGGACAAUUCACCGGAUCUUCAACAACAAUCUACCCAACAAACUCAGCAUAUACAAAAUGCACAGCAGCAACAACAACAAUCGCAACAUCAGCAACAACAGCAGCAUCACGUAGACGAUGGAUCCGAUCAAGACGAUGUUGAAGACGAUCAGAUGAUGGACGGCUCGCCUGGUAUGAUGGAGGAAGAAGAUGAUGACGAAGAAAAUGGAGAUCGUGUCAUCUAUCCAUGGAUGAAAAAGAUUCACGUUGCUGGUGUAGCGAAUGGUUCUUAUCAACCUGGAAUGGAGCCAAAGAGGCAGAGGACCGCGUACACGCGACACCAGAUCCUGGAGCUCGAGAAAGAGUUCCAUUACAAUCGUUAUCUUACGAGAAGGCGGCGGAUCGAGAUAGCCCAUACAUUGGUACUGUCGGAGAGACAGAUUAAAAUUUGGUUUCAGAAUCGACGUAUGAAAUGGAAGAAGGACAAUAAGCUACCGAAUACGAAGAACGUUCGUAGGAAGAACGCGAAUGGUCAGGUCUCAGCAACAACGACUACUACGAAAACAACGAAGGGUACCAACAAUAGAACGAAAAGUGUCUCCGCUGCUGCUGCAGCUGCCGCCGCUGCUGCUGCCGCUGCUGCUGCUGCUUCAGCAAAUGGGAACAACAACAAUGGACAGAGGAAGAACAAUAACAAUUCACCUUCCAGUGGUUUAGACGGUAACAAUUUGGAGACUGGAGUUGGCCUCGAUAUGGGUGACGUUCACGGUGUCAACUCGUCUCUUCCUCAUCCGAACGUGGUACAUCCGAGCUUUCAAGGUCACCCUCAUCCUCUCGCCCACCUACAAGCACAGCUGAGUCACCAUCACGUGGCGGCUGGAAUGAUGGACGGCCCAACAACGAUCGGGCCAACGAUCGGACCUACGAUCGGUCCUACGAUCGGUCCUACGAUCGGUCCUACGGGUGGACCAAUGGGACAUAUGUCUUCCGGGAGCAUCAGUCCACUUGCACCGGCCACCAGUCCUCCUGGACUCUCUCAAGUAUCGACCUCAGUUGUCCCACCGCCACCGAUAAAGUCCGAUUAUGGACUUACCGCCCUGUAACACCCGCUUACUGAACAGAAUCACGAUCAUCGAAUUUACUCUAUUGGUGAUUUCGACUACGAUCUCGCGGUUGGGACCUGAAGUCGAUUACUUAUUUUCAAUUUUUAAAUAAUACUUCCCUUUUUUUUCGAAUUAUGGGAUUUAUCGUUAUUAUUUUUUGUUUCUUUUCUCUAUUUUCUUUUUUUGUUUCCUUUUUGUUUUUUUUUUUCUUUUUUAAAUCACUAAAGAAAACAAAAAUUCCGAGAUUCGUAUGGAGAAUCGCAAAAAUAAGCAACGCGAGAUGGAGCUCGUAUUUUUCGUAAAUAUUAUUCCGAGUUGCAAAUCACUUGUUGAUUUAUUAUUGUUGUUCUACGAAGUAUCCAAAAAUAUUUGGUGGAUAAUUAAUGUGUAUCAAAUGGAAGACAUCAAUUGUUAUAGAUUUGAUCAGACUCUCAAGAUAUAAUUCUUCGACGGUAAGAUAUCUAUUAUUUUGAAAUUCAAUUUCGAGACUUAGUUAUUGAUGAAAUGGACAACAUGAAAAAUAUCAUAAAUAUGAUAUUUCGAAAUAGCCUAAUCAUUCUAUUGUUUCUCUUCAACGUGCCAUCGCGCUUGUAGUCAACUACUACUUACUUACUUAGCUUCUUUCUUGUCUCAUUCUGCGAUAUCCAGAAGUACAUGUUCGUAAUCAUUUCCAUAAAGACAUCGCAAAGGUGACAUUACGUAUGUAAAUGUACAUAUAUAUAGCCGACAUAUUUGUACAUAUUUGUGUAAAGAAUAAAUAUAAUAUCGAGUGCGUGACGCAGCGAUCUAUGUUUCACAUAUUCUUAUUCUUAUUAUUAAUUAUUGUAUGAUUGUAUGAUUUUAGAGUAAUAAAUCGUGUUAAGUCGUCAAAUGAAAGAAAAAAAAUUGCGAAUUGAUUGUUAUUAUUAUAGAGACGUUUGCUUCAGCUCGUAUUAGAUAAUAACCGGUUCUUAUCUUCACAACCAUAACGAGAAUUACGGCUUCCGACACCGAAAUUACGCGAAUCUGUGUUUAUUAAAUGGUCAUUUGAAAUAUUAAAAAUAAAAAAAAAAAAAAGAAAAAAAAAGAAAAAAAAAGAAAAAAGGAAAAAAGAACAAAAAAAUGAAAAAUUAUAUAAAUGAAACAAAAAAAGUCAAACAAAAAAAAAAUAACUAAAUAAAAAGAAUAUAAAAAUCGAAGCAACGACGACUAUUCACCAGUAUUUAACCUUAAAUAUGUUUAAACUUAAUACCUAACUUUUAAUAACGUCGACUCUCAAAGUUGAGCCUAGAUUCAAUCGGUCGAUACAUUAUCGUUGUCGUCGUUGUCAGUAAAACCGUGAAAACCGUGCCGAUCGCGAGUUCCAUGAAUACUCAUACAAAGCGAUAUACCGUAUCGAUCCAAUGUCAUACAAAUUUAAAACUUCCGGCCGAGUUAUCUCCCUCCGAUAAUAAUCGCGUGUCUUACGUUCGAGCAGUUCUUUGUCCUUGCCGCUAAAAGUUUCAAUAGAAAAGAAAAGACGAGCGAAAUAAAAAAGGAAAAUAGAAAAAAGACAAAAAAAAAAAGAAAAAAAAAGAAAAGAAAAAAGAAAAUAAUAUUCAUUGAGAUUCAUGGAUCAUUUUUCGUUCUGUAGAAAUAAAAAAAAAAAAAAAAAAAAAAAAAAAAAAAAAAGAAAAAUCACUUGUAAAUACUAUCUCGAAUAUAAUAUAUAAUAUUAGGUCGUCAAAAGUUUUUUUCGUUUUUCGAAAUACUGGCAGUUAAAAUUGCUGGGUGAAAAUGCCGAAAAAAAACUUUUUGGACAACCUAAUAUAAUGUCUAUUUUUAUUGAAAAAACGCGCGAGGAAUCGACCAAUAACGAAUAGGAUGCGAUUAUGUGUUCGACGAAACCGGGAAAACUGAUCGGGAAGAAAACUGUAUUAUUAUUAUUAUUAUUAUUAUUAUUAUUAUUAUUAUUAUUAUUA